GUCUCCAGCUGUGGUUGUGCUUGUGAGCUCAGUGGUUGGUAUCUAGGAAACGAUACGUUCUUACCGCUAUGGAGUCGGUGGCUCCAGAAACGGCAAGGGAGGACUCCGACGGGGCCGAGCAGCUGUGGAACCGGUCGUCAGGAUCCCAGGGAGUCCCGAGGUCCGCCUUCGAUUGCAGAGUUGUUCCACCCAAGCGGCCCUUCCUGGUGUGGCCGGGGCAGCCGGCCGCCCGGGAAAUGAUGAUGGGCCUGCAGUACCUACGUAGGUCAGUCUCUGGCCCUGGGGAGGAAGAAACCCCUGCCAAGACCAACUAUCCUGCAGUCUCCAGAGCCUUCGAGUGCCAGGAGUGUGGACUGUCCGCAGCCUACCUCCCUGACCUCAUUCACCACCAAAGCAGCCAUGGGGGCGACAAGCCCUACUGCUGCCCGGAGUGUAGCAAAAGCUUCCGACGUGGCUCAGAUCUGGUUAAGCACCACCGGGUACACACUGGAGAGAAACCGUACCUUUGUCCUGAGUGUGGCCGUUGCUUCAGCCUGAGCUCCAACCUCAUCCAACACCGUCGCUCCCACUCAGGCCUCCGGCCCCACAAAUGUCUGGAGUGCGGGGAGGCUUUUGGCCGCAGCUCGGACCUGGUUAAACACCAGCGGGUGCACAUGGGUGAGAAGCCUUACACCUGCGCUGAGUGUGGUAAGACUUUCAGCGUUAGCGCCAACCUGACCCAGCACCAGCGCACGCACACGGGCGAGAAGCCCUACCGCUGCGGGGACUGCGGCAAGCGCUUCAGCCUGAGCUCCAACCUGGCGCAGCACCAGCGCUCACACACGGGCCAGAAGCCCUGCCGCUGUGCCUGGUGUGGUGACAGCUUUGGGCGCAGCUCUUCUCUGCUCAAGCACCAGCGAUCGCACACUGGGGAGACGCCCUACAGUUGCUGUGAGCGUGGCGAGAACUUCACCAACAGCUCGGACUGCCUACGGCACCAGCGCACUCACAGUGGAGAGCGGCCCUUCAAGUGUCCUGAGUGUGGUCGUGGUUUCAGUGAGCGCACCCAGUUCACCGAGCACCAGCGCGUUCACAUGGGUGAACGACCCUAUGCCUGCCCAGAAUGUGGCAAAUCCUUCUUCCACAGCGCCAAGCUCCUUAAACACCAACGCUCGCACACAGGCGAGAAGCCCUAUAAGUGCCCCAGCUGCAGCAAGAGUUUUGGAGACAGUUCACAUCUGCUGCGGCACCAUUGGCACACUCACACGGGCCAGAAGCCUUACGCUUGCGGCGAGUGUGGCAAGAGCUUCCGCCGGAGCUCCCACCUGCUCAUCCACCAGGUGGCGCACAGCGGUGAGAAGCCCUACAUCUGCCUGCAGUGUGGCAAGGCCUUCGCCCGCAGCUCCAACCUGGGCCAGCACCAGCGGACGCUCCAGGGGCGCAGCCCCUGCCAGUAUCCCUGGCUUAAGUUGCAGCCCAGACUUCAGCUCUGACUUUGGUCCAGUCCUCAAGGAGCCUGAGGGGACCAGCAUUUCUCAGCAAACCUCACUUCUGCUCCUCUAGGGCUGCUGAUUGGUGGGCUGAAUCAGGGAACCCCAGGCUAGAGGAAUUGGAACAGAAAAGUGGGCUUAGGCCUGUUCUCUGAGGCCCUAGAGAUGGGAUUCCAGCUGGAGGGAGAGUUUGGGGAUGGCAAGAGCUGGCCCAGCUGCUUUAAGAUGCAGAACACCUUUGGCAGCCUAGGUGUGUCCCUUCACAGGCCUAGGGAGUGAUGGGGCUAAUCACACCAAGAGCGACAGUUACCUCAGCCCAGAGGAAUGGGGCUCAACGCCAGGCAAGCCCCCGUGAGGAACACAGUAGGGGAAGAGGUGGUCGGGGAGAUCCUCACCUUCAGAGGGGACCAUAAAGAAGGCUGUGUUCUAGCACAAAGAUCAGAGAGUUUGAAUUUGGGACCAUUAGGUGAGCUCUGGGGUGUAUGACCCCUUUGAAAGAGAGCUGUCUUUACAGGGUGAAGCUGGUGAGGCCCAGGGCCAAAGCAAAGGACCGGGAGGCCUGUCUGUUGAGUUUGGGGGGUGCCCGGUGACAUUUCUAGGCAAGGGCAGAAGGACCGAGGUUGGUCGUCUGCCCCUUCCUCUUCUUUAGCCUCUUCCCUCGCAGGUUCCCCAGGCUUUUUCUCUGAUCCCUCAACAGAGGAGAAAAUGUGAAGAUUCACUUGUGCCCGGACACUGGGGACUGGACAUGGUCAUUUUGCCAGAGCGCUGGGGCGGGCUGCCUCCGUAAACAAAUGUGUUUCUAUUGGUAAAACUUAAAGUGUAUGGGAGCCAGAGGGAGGCUUCCCGAAGCACUGCACGAUGUGUGCCCAGAGCAGAGUCUAAGCUGUGAGGCCCUGCUCUCCUCCCCGUAGCUGACUGUGUUCCUGGGAGAGGCACAGAAUGUAGCCCUUAUGAGGUUGGGGGAGGCCUAAUGCCCACCCCAUGGGACCAUGAGCCUCAUGCAUCUGGUGCCCUGUCCCCAAAUCUUGUCUCUCAUCAGGCUUGGUGCAUCUAGAACCGUAUCCACAGGGAAGAGGGGCCGAAAGGGAGGGAUGUGAGGUAACUCCUCUCUCAGCUUCUAGCACAGAGUGUCCAGGCUUCGCUCUUUGUGACUGCGUGACCUUGGACAGGUCUGCCUCUUCUGAGCUUCAGUCGCUUCAUCUGUAAAACAGGGGUGAUGAAAGGACUCAUCAAGGAAAGGACUCGGCAGUCCUCAGUUCCCUGCUCCUCCUCAAGUCUGUCACCCUGUCACCGGUGGUGUCGGCCCACAGACAUCACGCCAGCGCGCUUCCUAGCUUCUCCCAAAGGUUACAGAAAUGAGUGGGACAGCCCCAGUCCUGGAGUAGUUUGGUGUCGUGAAGGAGAUGGACUCAGGCUCGAUGCUGGCACUGGAGAAAGGGCAUCACCUGGAGUAAGUCUAAGAGGCUUCAUGAAGGUGACAUCUAAUGGAUGCCACUUGUCUCCUCAAGCUGGAUCUGUGAUGAACAGAUGGGUUCUGGCAUAUUCCCCAUCAGUGGCAUCUCAAAAUAGCACAAGCCAGUGACUGAGUUGGAGGCCUGAGCCAGGUGCAUCCGUAGUAGGCAUUCAAUAAAUAGU